AUGAAGGCGAUGAUGAAUGAUAAUGGGUUUUUCUUUUUCAAGUUUUCAGACGAGGCCGGGAUGUUGAAUGUCUUGAAAGGGGGACCAUGGAUUAUCCGGUCACAACCGUUAUGUCUAAAUGUUUGGAGUCCGACGACUAAGCUGGAAAAAAAGGGGGUCAAAACGGUGCAGAUUUGGGUGAAGAUUCACGAUGUCCCGAUUGCCGCAUACACGGAGGAUGGUCUUAGUUUGAUAGCAACUACAAUAGGUGUGCCAAAGGCUUUGGAUUCGUACACUUCAGCAAUGUGCAUGGAUAUGUGGGGUCGAAGCAGUUACGCGAGAGCUUUAAUCGAAGUGUCGGCUGACAAGCAACUCAGGGAGGAGAUAUCGUUAGCAAUACCUGAACCUGAGGGGGAGGGGUUUAUUAAGGAAUCGCUGUCAGUGGAAUACGAGUGGAACCCGCUACGUUGUAACCAUUGUAGUGUUUUCGGUCAUUCUGAUAUGCAAUGUCCUUGCCAGCCUAAGUCACAGGCAAAUGUUCGUAAUGAUGUAAAAACAGGCAAGAAGCCGGUGGUGGAUGCUGAGGGGUACACUGGUGUUUACGGAAAGAAAGCGGCGAAAAAGACUGGCUUCCCGAUUAACAAGCCAAAACAGAAGUUUGAGUAUAGACCUGUGGGUGCGAAAAAGAAUCCUGAGACGAGUAGUGGUCCGCGUGAGCAGAGUACUCAGAGUUUUCAUUCGGCUAACCCGUUUGAUGCUCUUAAUGACCAAGCGGCUAAUGAGGUGGAUGAGAGGAACAACUCGGGUGAUACUAGUAAAAACGUGCAGGAUGAGGUUCAGGAUGAGGUAUUUACCGAUGCGGAUGUUUUUGAUAUGGAUGCUUAUUUGAGGCAUGGUACGACUAAAACUGAUCAUAAAAAAGGGGCAAGCACUCCUUCGUCGCUAGUUAUUAAUGGUUAA